AUGCAUGUUUUCUAUUUUAUGCCGUUUUUGUGCUUUCCGCGAGCGGGGUUUCGAGAUACCGCCGCCGUCCGUAAAUAUGUUGUAGACCACCCCUUGGGUGAUAUAAUCCCGUCGACCCGUAACUCGAUACGUUAUGGUUCUGGUUACGGUUCUGGUUACGGUUAUGGUUCUGGUUACGGUUCUGGUUACGGUUAUGGUUCUGGUUACGGUUAUGGUUUUGGUUACGGUUCUGGUUACGGUUAUGGUUCUGGUUCUGGUUACAGUUAUGGUUACGGUUUCUGUUACGGUUAUGGUUCUGGUUACGGUUAUGGUUAUGGUUCUGGUUCUGGUUACGGUUAUGGUUGUGGUUCUGGUUACGGUUCUGGUUCUUGUUAUAGUUACGGUCAUAGUUAUGAUUAUGAGUAUCGUUAUGGUUAUGAGUAA